AUGUGGACGAGUGUCUGGUUGAACGGUCGGUGUGUGGCCCGAGAUCCACCUGCAGCAGGACGGUCGGAAGCUACAGGUGUCACUGUCACCCCGGAUACAAGGAGACCAUUCCCAUGCAGAGGAGCAGCGCUAAAAACCCCUGCACAGGUACUCCUCAGAACACCUGCACUGCUAGGCUUGUCUAGCGAAACCGGUUCCCACAACAUCUGCAAAGGUAAAGGCUUCUGCAGAACUCCUAAGGUUCACCUGUCCCUGGAACCCCUGCACAGGCAGGGCUGUCACCACAACAACUGCUCAGCUAUGGCUGUCGCUGCAACAUCUGCUCAGUUGGCAGAGUUUGACAAAUGCAUCUUUGGCCGCCUGCCGGACUUGUUUUUGGAAUCUGUGGGUUCAAACUCAGACUGCACUAACACAGAUGGAAACUAUGAGUGUUCGUGCCACACUGGCUACAAUGUCAGCAACAGCAAUAGAAGAAGCAGUUCAGACAAUCCCUGCACUGAUGUGAAUGAAUGUGAUGCCAAGCCACCAGUCUGUGGUCCGAACUCAGACUGCAGCAACACAGAUGGAGACUACGAGUGUUCGUGCCACGCUGGCUAUAAUGUCAGCAACCCCAAGAGAAGCAGUCCAGACAACCCCUGCACUGAUGUGAAUGAAUGUGAUGCCAGUCCACCAGUCUGUGGUCCAAACUCAGACUGCAGCAACACAGAUGGAGACUACGAGUGUUCGUGCCACGCUGGCUAUAAUGUCAGCAACCCCAAGAGAAGCAGUCCAGACAACCCCUGCACUGAUGUGAAUGAAUGUGAUGCCAGUCCACCAGUCUGUGGUCCAAACUCAGACUGCAGCAACACAGAUGGAGACUACGAGUGUUCGUGCCACGCUGGCUAUAAUGUCAGCAACCCCAAGAGAAGCAGUCCAGACAACCCCUGCACUGAUGUGAAUGAAUGUGAUGCCAGUCCACCAGUCUGUGGUCCAAACUCAGACUGCAGCAACACAGAUGGAGACUACGAGUGUUCGUGCCACACUGGCUACAAUGUCAGCAACAGCAAUAGAAGACAUGGUCCUGAUAACCCCUGCACUGAUGUGAAUGAAUGCAGUCAACACCCGGCGGUGUGUGGUCCAAACUCAGAGUGCAACAACACAGCUGGAGACUACGAGUGUGCGUGCCACACUGGCUAUAACGAAACCAAUCCCAGUUCAAGAAGUAGUCCUGCCAAUCCAUGUAAAGAUGUGAAUGAAUGUGAUGCCAAGCCACCAGUCUGUGGUCCAAACUCAGACUGCAGCAACACAGAUGGAGACUACGAGUGUUCGUGCCACACUGGCUACAAUGUCAGCAACAGCAAUAGAAGACACGGUCCUGAUAACCCUUGCACUGAUGUGAAUGAAUGCAGUCAACAUCCAGCGGUGUGUGGUCCAAACUCAGAGUGCAACAACACAGCUGGAGACUACGAGUGUGCGUGCCACACUGGCUAUAACGAAACCAAUCCCAGUUCAAGAAGUAGUCCUGCCAAUCCAUGUAAAGAUGUGAAUGAAUGUGAUGCCAGUCCACCAGUCUGUGGUCCAAACUCAGACUGCAGCAACACAGAUGGAGACUACGAGUGUUCGUGCCACGCUGGCUAUAAUGUCAGCAACCCCAAGAGAAGCAGUCCAGACAACCCCUGCACUGAUGUGAAUGAAUGUGAUGCCAGUCCACCAGUCUGUGGUCCAAACUCAGACUGCAGCAACACAGAUGGAGACUACGAGUGUUCGUGCCACGCUGGCUAUAAUGUCAGCAACAGCAAUAGAAGACAUGGUCCUGAUAACCCCUGCACUGAUGUGAAUGAAUGCAGUCAACACCCGGCGGUGUGUGGUCCAAACUCAGAGUGCAACAACACAGCUGGAGACUACGAGUGUGCGUGCCACACUGGCUAUAACGAAACCAAUCCCAGUUCAAGAAGUAGUCCUGCCAAUCCAUGUAAAGAUGUGAAUGAAUGUGAUGCCAGUCCACCAGUCUGUGGUCCAAACUCAGACUGUAGCAACACAGAUGGAAACUACGAGUGUUCGUGCCACACUGGCUACAAUGUCAGCAACAGCAAUAGAAGACACGGUCCUGAUAACCCUUGCACUGAUGUGAAUGAAUGCAGUCAACAUCCAGCGGUGUGUGGUCCAAACUCAGAGUGCAACAACACAGCUGGAGACUACGAGUGUGCGUGCCACACUGGCUAUAACGAAACCAAUCCCAGUUCAAGAAGUAGUCCUGCCAAUCCAUGUAAAGAUGUGAAUGAAUGUGAUGCCAAGCCACCAGUCUGUGGUCCAAACUCAGACUGCAGCAACACAGAUGGAGACUACGAGUGUUCGUGCCACGCUGGCUAUAAUGUCAGCAACCCCAAGAGAAGCAGUCCAGACAACCCCUGCACUGAUGUGAAUGAAUGUGAUGCCAGUCCACCAGUCUGUGGUCCAAACUCAGACUGCAGCAACACAGAUGGAGACUACGAGUGUUCGUGCCACGCUGGCUAUAAUGUCAGCAACCCCAAGAGAAGCAGUCCAGACAACCCCUGCACUGAUAUCCAUGAGUGCCUGGAAACUCCAGGGAUCUGUGGGCCCAACUCUCAUUGUGCUAACUAUCGAGGGGGCCACAACUGUUCUUGUGCUGAUGGAUACCAAGUCACCAACGCUGCUCUGCUCAUCAAUAGCAGCAACCCAUGCACAGAUGUGAAUGAAUGUCAUGCCAAGCCACCAGUCUGUGGUCCAAACUCAGACUGCAGCAACACAGAUGGAAACUACGAGUGUUCGUGCCACACUGGCUACAAUGUCAGCAACAGCAAUAGAAGACACGGUCCUGAUAACCCUUGCACUGAUGUGAAUGAAUGCAGUCAACACCCGGCGGUGUGUGGUCCAAACUCAGAGUGCAACAACACAGCUGGAGACUACGAGUGUGCGUGCCACACUGGCUAUAACGAAACCAAUCCCAGUUCAAGAAGUAGUCCUGCCAAUCCAUGUAAAGAUGUGAAUGAAUGUGAUGCCAGUCCACCAGUCUGUGGUCCAAACUCAGACUGCAGCAACACAGAUGGAGACUAUGAGUGUUCGUGCCACACUGGCUAUAAUGUCAGCAACCCCAAGAAAAGAAGCAGUCCAGACAACCCCUGCACUGAUAUCCAUGAGUGCCUGGAAACUCCAGGGAUCUGUGGGCCCAACUCUCAUUGUGCUAACUAUCGAGGGGGCCACAACUGUUCUUGUGCUGAUGGAUACCAAGUCACCAACGCUGCUCUGCUCAUCAAUAGCAGCAACCCAUGUACAGAUGUGAAUGAAUGUCAUGCCAUUCCACCAGUCUGUGGUCCAAACUCAGACUGUAGCAACACAGAUGGAAACUACGAGUGUUCGUGCCACACUGGCUACAAUGUCAGCAACAGCAAUAGAAGACACGGUCCUGAUAACCCUUGCACUGAUGUGAAUGAAUGCAGUCAACACCCGGCGGUGUGUGGUCCAAACUCAGAGUGCAACAACACAGCUGGAGACUACGAGUGUUCGUGCCAGAGUGGAUAUAACAAAACCAAUCCCAGUUCAAGAAGUAGUUCUGCCAAUCCAUGUAAAGAUGUGAAUGAAUGUGAUGCAAGUCCACCAGUCUGUGGUCCAAACUCAGACUGCAGCAACACAGAUGGAGACUAUGAGUGUUCAUGCCACACUGGCUAUAAUGUCAGCAACCCCAAGAAAAGAAGCAGUCCAGACAACCCCUGCACUGAUAUCCAUGAGUGCCUGGAAACUCCAGGGAUCUGUGGGCCCAACUCUAAUUGUACUAACUAUCGAGGGGGCCACAACUGUUCUUGUGCUGAUGGAUACCAAGUCACCAACGCUGCUCUGCACAUCAAUAGCAGCAACCCAUGUACAGAUGUGAAUGAAUGUCAUGCCAUUCCACCAGUCUGUGGUCCAAACUCAGACUGUAGCAACACAGAUGGAAACUACGAGUGUUCGUGCCACACUGGCUACAAUGUCAGCAACAGCAAUAGAAGACACGGUCCUGAUAACCCUUGCACUGAUGUGAAUGAAUGCAGUCAACACCCGGCGGUGUGUGGUCCAAACUCAGAGUGCAACAACACAGCUGGAGACUACGAGUGUGCGUGCCACACUGGCUAUAACGAAACCAAUCCCAGUUCAAGAAGUAGUCCUGCCAAUCCAUGUAAAGAUUUGAAUGAAUGUGAUGCCAAGCCACCAAUCUGUGGUCCAAACUCAGACUGCAACAACACAGAUGGAAACUAUGAGUGUUUGUGUCAGAGUGGAUAUGAAGUACUGAAGCCCAAUGCAAGAAGUGGUCCUGAAAAUCCAUGCACAGAUGUAAAUGAAUGCAGAGAGACACCAAGCAUAUGUGGAUUCAACUCACACUGUAACAACACCGAGGGAGGCUACAGCUGUUCCUGUGACGAUGGUUUCCAAGCAACCAACGCAAUUCAAACCAUAAGCAAAAAUAAUCAAUGCACAGAUGUGGAGGAAUGCCUCCAAGAUCCACCAGUCUGUGGUCCAAACUCAGUGUGCAACAACACCAUUGGAGGCUACGUGUGUAAAUGUCAGAGUGGAUAUGAAGUAAUCAAGGUCAAUGUAAGAAACGACCCUACCAAUCUAUGCACAGAUGUGAAUGAAUGUGAUGCCAGUCCACCAGUCUGUGGUCCAAACUCAGAGUGCAGCAACACAGAUGGAGACUACGAGUGUUCAUGUCUGAGUGGAUAUGACGUCCUGAAUGGCAGUUUGAAGAUCAGCACUGUCAAUCCCUGUAGAAAGUGGAGUCUGACCUGUGAGGGGCAUCAUAGCGCGCUGAAGUGUGGUUCUCAGGUCAUCGAGAUUCUGGCCGCUAACUACAGACGAACAAACACACACAGCUGUGUUGUUGGAAAGAAUCCCAGUCGCCAUAGCAAUACCAGCUGCUCUUCCUCCGACACACUCCCUAUCGUCAAGGAGAGCUGUGAGGGCCACAGCUCGUGUGUGGUGAGUGCAGUCAGCAGUGAUUCUGAUCCCUGCCCUGGGAGACACAAAUACCUGGAGAUUCACUACCACUGUGUGCCACCCCAGUCGAGUCUGACAUGUGAGGGUCAACACGGAACUCUGAAUUGUGGCUCCCAUUUCAUACAGAUACUGGCUGCGGACUACGGACGCUCAGACACACACACUUGUCCUGGUGACCUGACCACUCAUCCGCUGAUAAACAACUGCUCAUCCUCCGUCACACUUUCUCGUGUCAGAGAAAGGUGCCAGAACACGAGGGAGUGUAAUGUGCAUGCUUUCAACCACUUCUUCAAAAACGCCUGCCCUGGCACACCCAAGUACCUCAACAUCUCAUACAGCUGCAGCCUCUCUAAAAUUCAACAGAUAUGUGAUCGCACAGAGAUUAUCGGCUGUCGUUCCUACAGAGUGGGGAGGGAGAUUAUUCAGAAGGUGAUAAAGAUCCACAUGGUGAACUACGGGAGGCUGGACAGCAGCAUCUGCUCAGCCGGACAUGAUGCCACCAGCCUGGCCAACACCAGCUGCCUCUCUCCCAUAGCAGACAUGAAGCGCAUCAAGCUCUGGAGGUAA